AAUCAAAAGAACAUUACAAAUUAAGAACAAUCUAAUCCCUUCCAUCUUACAAAAAUGUCAACCCCAAUUUUCAAUUCAGACAUAAGCGAGCAACGAUGGAAUAAUCAACUCAAUGAUCAUUUCGCCAUUUACGUCGACAAUCCCCCUUCCAUUUUCCAUAUCCCUAAAGCCAUUAUUGACCAAAAACCAGAAGCUUAUACACCACAACAAAUAGGGAUCGGCGCGUAUCAUCAUUUUCGCGUCGAAAACAGCAAACUCGCGGCAGUGAAGAAGUUCUUGAAGCCGGACCAAUACGCGAAUUUCAAGAGCCUAAUCGUGGACAAGGUCAGAGACCUCGACCCACAGAUCCGCUCUUGCUACAGCAAUUAUUUGGAUCUCGACGGCGAUACUUUGGCGUGGAUCAUGUCCAUCGACGGCGUGUACUUGCUCAACCUACUCAGCUCAUACUCGGAAAAAUUAGUCACUGACGACGACAACAGGACCUUAGCGCGCGACAUCAUAAUGGUAGAGAAUCAAAUUCCUUGCCUUUUGGCCCAAGAAAUCAACAAGGCUUUGCGACUUUCAUCAAAAAAUGAUGAUGAUCUCGAGGAGGCGAAAGCAGAGAAAGACGCGGAACUUCUUUCCGGCAUGCUGUCAUUCUGCAAAGCGCAUACCCCUCUUGACCUAACAACGGAUCCAAAUUUUGUUUCAGAUAUACGCAGCCCUCAUCUAUUGCAUUAUAUGCAUACUUUGAUUGUGAAAAAUUGGUCUACUGGAGAAACCAACAAAGGAGAUCUCCUUGAUCAAAACACUGGUGAAAGAGGAAAAAACAGACCUUAUUCACUAAGCAACAUGCAGAUUUUGAUGAUGGAAAUCUGGUCCAGCAGAAACAAAAUCGAAAAGCAUUUGGAUGGGGUUGUUGGUGAAGCUACACAAGUUACUAAAGUUGUGGCCGACUUGACGGGAAGAAGAACUUUCAGGUUGCUGGCGAAUUUGCCGUUACAACAGUUUGCUGACAUGUUUAUGAAGAAUAACGAUGAUGCAAACAGUUUCACGGAUCAGGAGAUUCAAAUUCCAUCGGCUACCGAAAUUCAGGACUUUUGUAAGAUAGAAUUCCGUGCCUGGACAGAUUCAGGGAUCGGGAUUAAGUACGAUGAAAAGAAUUGCAUACUGUAUCUCCCGGUGAUCAGAGUGAAUACUGAUUCUGAAGUGAUUUUAAGAAAUCUGGUGGCGUAUGAAGAGGUCUCGGGAUCAAGUAGCAAUGUUGUUUCUGGAUACGUGGAUUUCAUGUGCGGGAUAAUUGAUACAGCUAAAGAUGUGGAUUUGCUUAAGGAGAAAGGCAUCAUAAAAUCCGUUUUGCCAAGAGAAGAAAUCGCGAAAAUAUUUAAUGGGAUGCGGAGAUCUACUCGAAUGAGGGCUGAUUUAGAAGAGACUGUUGAGGAAUUGAAGAGGAUUGAUGACAACACUUUGAAUGUGAAAGCUUGGAGAUUUGUGAAGGACCAUUUUGUUCCGUCUAAGACCGUGGUUAAAUUUUUCUUGUCAAGUUUGAUGGUUUUGAUGCUCACGUUACAAGCAUUCUGCCAGUUUUAUGGAUGCCGGAGUAGUUCUCGUUUGGAGCAUGGGAUGAUGAUCAGUUCCAUUUGAUGAUUUAUUUUCCAAGAGUUAGCAUUUUUCAGUUUUGUUGACCUAGCGCGA